CGGUACUCGUAUAAAGUUAAGGUCGGUUCGUCUUUCGUUGACGAUAGUGAUUUUAAUAGUUUUGCAACUUUUAGUGUCGCAAAAUGUUAUUAAAAUUUGUCACGUUUUACGCCUUAGUCCAGGGCUUGAACGGAUUUAAUACGUUUUUACCCAAUACUACGGUUCCAAAGUCAUAUUCUCUAUGUAUAGCGCCGAAUUUUGAAAAUGAAGAUACCUCGUUCGUUGGUUUAGUACAAAUCCUUAUCCAAACGAAAAAUAUCACUUCCGAAGUAGUUUUGCAUUCAAAAGAUUUAAAUAUCACGUCAGUUAAUGUCACCGAAGUUAGCACAAGACAGAGUGUUGGUCUAAAAGAAUUGGUAUACAAUAAAGACAACGAACAAGCAAAGAUUGUGUUAUAUCAGUCGUUACCAGGAAAUCACGAAUACAUGAUAGCUAUCAGAUUCGAUGGUUUACUCAGAAACGAUAUGACCGGAUUUUAUAAAAGCUCGUACAACCAAUCGCAAACCGGCACAGAAAAUUUCUUAGCUGUUACUCAGUUUGAGGCAACAUAUGCGAGAAGUGCGUUCCCUUGUUACGACGAACCGCACUAUAAAGUGCCCUUUAAUAUUACAGUUGGCGUUUCUGACAAGCAAAUUGCAUUGUCAAACAUGCCACUGUCAUAUAAAGAUCAUAAAGAUGUUUGUGAACUGACGAAUGGUGGGAAAAAUUUGUCAUGGUACCAUUUUCAACAGACACCUCCAAUGUCCACAUACUUAGUAGCGUUCUUUGUCGGAGAAAUCGCUAGCUUGAAAUCGAGUUCGAAAGUUAAUGUGUAUACUCGAUCUGACUACUUAGAACAAACCCAAUAUGCCCUAGGUAUUGCUCCUAAACUUCUCGAAGCAAUGGAAUUGUUUACUGGAAUUAAAUACAAGUUACCAAAAUUGGAUCUGGUAGCCUUACCUGACCUCGGAUUCGGAGCUAUGGAAAACUUGGGAAUGAAUACAUUUAGGGAAAGAUUACUUUUAUUUCCCGAAGAUUCGACCACCCAGUAUAAAGGAGCCGUUACUAAAACAAUACAGCAUGAGUUGUCGCAUCAAUGGUUUGGUAAUCUGGUCACAUGCGACUGGUGGGAUUACGUUUGGUUAAACGAAGGUUUUGCAACGUUUUUUGAAUACUUCGCUACAGCAACAGUAGAGCCAGAUUGGAACCUGCCAGAAUUUUUUGUUGUUGAACAACAUCAAACUGCUUUGGAAUACGAUCAGCUAGCAAGGCAUUCGUUAUCGACCGACGUGUUCACUCCUGAAGAAAUUGAUAACAGUUUUGAUCGUAUUACGUACAAUAAAGGAGCCUCGGUGUUAAGAAUGUUGUACAGUUAUGUUGGAAAAGAUGUUUUUAAAGAUUCAUUGAAGUUGUAUUUGACCAAGCAUAUGGGUGGUUCAGUAAACCCAAAAGGUCUUUGGGAUGCAUUUGAAGAAACAUUGUCUAAACGCAAACAAACAUUAGUUAAAGAUCAAACUGUGAACGAAGUCAUGAGCACGUGGACCGAGCAAUCUGGUUAUCCGGUAGUAAAUGUUGCAAAACAUAAAAACGUUACUAAAAACCAAUUUGUUAUGACACAAGAGCGGUUUACAGUCGACGGAUUCCUUGGAAAAUGUUUCACUAAAUGGUUUAUUGGUGUUACAAUAACAAGUGAUUUGAAACCAACUUUUGAUGAUUUAACCGCUGUUUUCUGGUUGUAUCCAAAAGAUGAUUUUUAUAUUAUAAAACUUCCCUUGGAAACUGACAAAUGGUUCAUUGUCAACCUACAGUCUACUGGCUUUUAUAGAGUAAACUACGAAGAGGAAAAUUGGCUGGCGUUAAUCGAACAACUAAAAAAUGCACCAGAUGUUAUACACGUUUUGAACAGAGCUCAUUUGGUUGAUGACUCUUUUAAUUUAGCGAGAGCGGGACGAUUAAACUACACAGUACCUUUAGAACUUACAAAUUAUCUGGAUAAGGAAAAUGAUGUCAUACCUUGGUAUUCAGUGAUGAACAGUUUUAAUUAUAUUUUGGAUCGAAUGAGACGCAGUCCUUUAUACUUUGAAUUUGAAAAUUACGUUAGUGAUAAAGCAUUAAUCAUCUUCACCAAAUUAGAACGCCAAGUAAAACAGGAACAAAUUAAAAAGUACGCCAUCAAUGCCAGUUUUAACACAUUCAGUGUUUGGGCUUGUAGUUUAAAUUUACAGGCUUGCGUAUUACCGGCAAUCAGGUACUUCCAAGCAUGGCAGAAAGGUGAAAAGAUACCGGAUGAUCAAAAGCACGUCGCUUUUUGCGUAGGUUUGAAGUAUCAUCCUGAUUCGGAUACUUGGAAUCAAGUUUUUCAAGUUUACUUGAAAACUCAAUCUGCUUCAGAACGAUAUUCGGCACUAAACGCAUUAGCGUGCUCACAAAAUGUAUUUUUAUUAAUGAAUUAUGUGGAACUAAUUUUGAAAGGACCGAACGGUCCGAUACGGCCUCAAGAUUACAGAGCUGUUUUUAAUUCCCUGUCUUCCAACCAAAUGGGCAUUAAAACUCUACUAUAUUUCCUUCGGGAUAACUGGGAUCGUAUACGUAAAGAAUUACUUAAUGGCGAUAGCGUGGCUGAGACAAUUUAUUCAAUAUUAGCAUCAAAAGUGUCUCUGGAUGACGAAAUAAUACUACUGAAUGAAAUAAGAUCGAAACCUGGCAUUCCAAGUACACUGCAAAAAAGUUUUGAUUUUGUAUACAAGCAAGUAAUUAUAAAUCAGAAAUGGUUUGAUACCUACUCCAAUGACAUAAACGAAUUCGUGAAGCUGGAUUCUUCAAAAGAUGAUCCGAUUAGUCCCCGUACAAGUGCAGCUAGCCCAAUAAAUUCUGUUGGAUCUCUUAGCACGAUCACUUGCCUAACCAUCAUUCACUUAGUAGUACUAUUUAUAUAUUAUAAUUAAUUAAAAGUAUAAGUAUUUUAUGUCAACUAUUAUUCGCGUGUUGAACUACAUGAAUUUACACGUAAUUAUUAUUUAUCUCUUAAAUAUUUUUUUUAUAAUUCGCAGAUUUAAUUUAAUUAAUUUAUGUUUAGUAUAAUAAGGUUUUCUUAGCUGUAGUUUUGUACCCAGUAAUAAAUUC